GUUUCCCAAACACACCGCCGUCUCGCUUUACGGUAGGAGGAGUCUCUCGCUGAAGCAGGCUGUCUGAAGGGAAUGCCCGUUGGACUGCUCAGUGCAGAGACGCUGCGAGGUGGGUCCUUCAAAGCUCUGGCUGUGACGGUGCUCCUGAGUGUGUUUAUGAUCCCGCUGCUGAGGACUGUUGGACUGCGGGCGUUCUCCAUGGCAUCUGAGACGUACACGUCGGGCACACACUCUGCCGCCUUCGUCACCUGUCCCAACGACACAGUGGCUAAAGAGCUGGCCAGGGCCAUUGUGGAAAGGAAGCUCGCUGCUUGCGUCAACAUUGUCCCAGCGAUCACGUCUGUAUACGAAUGGCAGGGUAAGAUCGAGGAGGACAGUGAAGUGAUGCUGAUGAUCAAGACAAGAAGUUCCAAGGUGCCCGCUCUGGCCGAAUAUGUCCGCUCCAACCAUCCUUACGAGGUGGCCGAGGUCAUCAGCCUGCCCAUCGACCAGGGCAACCCGCCCUACCUCAAGUGGAUAGGAGAAGUAGUCCCCGAGUAAAGAUGGAGAAGUGGAUGAAUUCACCGGUUCCCUCAAAGACACAUCGAGACAGAUCUGUGAUGUUUUUUACCAUCUGCAAAAGACUUGCAAGACAAAAUAGUCCAACAUGUAAAUAAGUGACAUCUUUAGAUGAUUAAAACAAUGAUACGGCUAAAAGAUGAUCUUUUUUCUUGAUGUUUCCAAGCAUUAUUUGAUUAUAUUAAGUGCUCAAUGUUCUUCCCCUCCAGUUUGUUUACCUCUAGAGGGCAGCCUUGGUCUUGUCAAAGUUAACCAGCUGCAGAAUAAACUGUGCUCCACAGAUUUCACUCGCCACUCAAAUGUCUAAAUUGACGGGACAUCAGUUGGAUUCCUCAUUUUCUUCUGUGAACGAAGCAUUUUGCAAUAAAUUGGAAGAUUCAUAUUUUU